UUAAGGAUACGAACAGUUGAUUUUAAUAUUGAUUGUUAUUAUUAACAAAAUUGUCCAGCUAGAAUUCUAAAUGAUAGAUUAGAAUUUAUUUCUUCGGCUUUUUAUACUGCCAUGAAGGGACUUGGUUUACAAUCUAUUCCACAUCUCUAUCCUUUACACUACUACUAUCCCAUACUUUCGCCUAAACACAUUACACAUUCUCCUUUUCCUUGAUUAUUCAACAUUAUUUCUUAUUUACAACUGCUAUUACAACUUCUCCUAACAUCUAGCUCUAUUUAACAUCACUACACUAUCAAUUUGCAUUUAUUUUACAUUCCUACUUAUGUUUACAUCCUAAACUUAUCUUCGAUCCUAUUAUACCUUAACAUAAUUACAUCCUCCUUUACAUUUUGUUUUACAUUUUGUUUUUAUUUUUCAUUUGACAAUUUUACAUACCAUCAUAUUUAUACUUGCCUUUAACCUUAUCCAUAUCUGUUAUCUAUUGCCAAUCUAAUCUAAUCUAAUCUAAUCUUAAUCUUACUCUGCUCUAACCUAAUUCGUUCUUACUCUCUUCCUUAUUUCUCUCUUUACAUAAUCUCUUUAAAAUCUUUCACCUUUGAUCUUGUCUAAUUUUUCAUUACAAAUCUUAUUAUAUACUUCCUCUUUCCUACAGUCUAAUUCCACCCACCAAUUCUUAGCUUUCUCACACUUUUCUACAUGAUGUUUCAAGCAAUCUGUACAAAGUACAUAACUUUUGUUUCCUUCUCCCAUCCAAUACUUGUUGACCAAUUAGAAUUCUAAAUUAUAGUUAAAAUAUAAAGACUGCGGUAUUGCAGUGCUUUCUGCUGGUUUUAGCUAAUUUUUUUGUAUUUAGAUAAUUUUAAUUAUGAUUACAACACCAUUCUUUCGGUGAUCCUAAUGAAACAACAUAUAAAAGAGACUAUUUACAUCGCUCUAAUAAAAUUAAUUAAUUCGUUAAUUCCCAACAUGUCUAUAAUUUUUAGCAUAUGACACAUCCUGUGUAGUAUUUUAAUUUUAAUAAUUAUUUACACUCAAAAAAUGUUUCGCUGGUCCUAGCUAGAAUUUUAAAUAUGAUAAAAUGUAUUGCUCUUUUUUGUAUCUGCUAGAAAAUUGUCUGUCGCAUGUAGAAUUUGUAGCAGCAACAUUUUAACAAUAUAUGCAGAAAAAUUUAGGUCUCAUAACUAAAUCACAUAGUCACUUUUAGAAAAGAAAUGACUGACUAUUAUCUGACUGAGCGUCAUAGAGAGACUUUCUCGCUAAAUUUAACAAAUGGUUCACUAUAUAAAUCCUGUCUCUAUCAUUUAUAUCGAUUAGAUACAAAAUAUACGCGACAUCACAGUGUUGGUCAUUUAUUCGCUUUAACUAAUUUUUCGUAUUUAGAUAAUUUUUAUGACUACAACAUCAUUUUUUUUAUUCUAUUAAUGACAUAAAAGAUAAAAGGGACUGUAUUUACGUCACUCUAAUGAGACAACUCAUUAAUUCCCAACAUAUCUCUAAUUUUUAACACGUAUGUAGUAUUUUAAAGUUUAAUAAUUAUUUGAACAGUAUGACUCGAAUCAUUAUCUUUCAACAUGAAAAUGCAUUUUAUGCUAUGGAAAGAAAAUUUAUCCAAAUAUUAUAUAAUAGUGUAUCGAGUGUAUAUAUUAUUGAAUUUAAGACCAAUUCUGUUUAGAUUGCAUUCGAUUACGUAAGCACAACUCUAUCGAAUUAAGUUACAUAUUCGUAAGCGGUAAUACGAGGAGGCCGUCGAUCGAUCCUUUAAUAAUAUUCCCUCUACGUUGAGUAGAGAAAUCUGAUUACACGAGUAAAUUGAAUAUGUUUAGGUUCGGCCCACUCGUUUGGAGAAGCAGCAAGGAGAGGAAAAAGGGCAAUAAAGCCGCCCGAAACGCCAAGUGCAACAGCGGAGACAGCGGUAUACAGAUCGAGAUGGUAUCUGGUGGAGCGUUGACUGGGGGCAGUGGCGGCGGAGUGAUAGGGGGUGGCGACAGCUCCGAGUCUCAUGAUACCGAUGACGUUCCCGACGACACCGACAGCCCUCCGGCCCUUCGUAGACGAGUCGCCGAUAAAUCGCGGCCCCAGUCCGAGCUCAUCAACCAGAUACUAAUUGACAAGUUCAAGGUAAACUCUUCGUUUCUUUCUCUUAUCAUUGCUCCUAACAUCUUUCGUAACAUCUUCUUUAUAAAAAUUAUUCCACUUUGUACCACUUUGUGCUGCUCACGGCGUCAAUAUAAUUAGCACUUUGCGACCUACGUAAAACUGGCUCGACAAAUCACAAUAUUAAGAGCGUUUAAUAUUUGCUUAAUAUUGCUAUUGUGAUUAUUAUUGAUUAAUUACUUCGCCCCCCCCCUAAUUUUUCAUUUUAUUUCUAUU